UUCGGAGCGGUUUAUUUUGAACAAGGUCUAUUUUUCGCAGGCCGUUUACACCACAAAAGUAAUGGAUUCACAUACACUGGAGGAGCUCGGUGAUUAUUUUACCAGCAAAACUGCGAAUAUCCGAAAAUGUAUGGAGUUACACGGAUGUGGGAAUGAACCAAACUGUCAUAAACUAUUAAAGUCUCUUGACAUGGAGUUGAUUGCUGCUGAAGAUAUUUUAUCUGAAAUGAAAAAAUACAUCAGUGUUGAGAGACGAAAACUGACAGAUGCACAGGAACUAAUGAACAACUGUAAUGAUCUUCUGCAAAAUACACUUUAUAUGAGUAAACAUUUACCAGACCAUCUGCCUGGCACACAAAAGAAAAAUGCUGAUGCUGAUAACUUCAGAGGAAGUAAGCUUGUGGAACAAUCAAGUCAGAUAAGUCAAGUAACUCCAGAGGAAGUAACAUCAAAAAUGAAGAAAAAAAAACAAGUUAACAUACCCAAGAUGAAUUACAUAACUAUGGAGGAAUUUGAAUCUGUUCCAAAAUACAUGAAAGGUCGCCAUGGUUAUGACGGAAUAAAUAACAUUAUUGAUGCAAUAAAUCGUGUUCUAGAAACCAAAUAUAAGAUGAUGUCACAAUCUCGGAAGACAGCAAGUGAUAAAGUAGUGAGACAGUGUAGAGAAUGGAAGCAACAACAAAAUAAAGAUUCACAAGGGCUUUCUUUCUUUGUUGAUGACGACUAUAAAAAGAUGAGUGAUCUAAAAUUUGACAAAGCUACAUGUGGUGUAUUUACAAUACUACGACACUGUAACAGAAUGAAAGAAGUUCGGGGAGGGGGUAUCACAAGAUACUGUCUCAAUGAAUGGUAGAGUCAUGUGCAGGCUAUUUAUUACAGAUUAGUCUUGAGUUGGUACGGGUACAUUUAGAGUCAGCAGUCAGCUUGGUCAACUGUUCCAAUAUUGCACUUAAAUAGGGUUUUAUUUGUAAUAAUGUCAUCACCUUUAACAAAAUUGAGAACUAAUAAUUUGUGUUCCAUGCUACCUUUGGGAGCCAUUUUGACCAUGUAUGAUGACUUAUAUAUUUCAUGUUAUGAUUCCUCUCUAAUAUAUCGCCUGAAAGUUGAAAGUUUACACACAAGUACUAUACUCAUAAGUAAUAGCGUAGCUUGUAUUAAUUUGUGAC